ACAUUCAUACUGCACUGAAACCACGUGGAUUUGCACGUCCAAAGCCUCGAGCGAAGAAGAAACGGAUCCUCAUUUCUGAACUCUUCAGUCAGUCCGAGUCUGAGUCAUUUACCAGAUUUCAUAGAAAUGAUCACCGGGAACUCAAGCGACCAAGAGCGUCUGCAGCAACUUAAGGCCUUCGAUGAAUCCAAAGCUGGUGUCAAAGGGAUCGUCGAUGGCGGAAUCACCAAAGUCCCACCAAUUUUCGUCCGUCCCAAGGAAGAUCCCUCCGUCGGCGGCGACCAGAAGAUUUCAGGCCAUUUCAGUAUCCCAGUGGUGGAUCUCUCUGAAAAUAACGGCAGGCGUACUGAGGUGAUCGACCAAGUCCGGAGGGCCGCAGAGAGCUAUGGGUUCUUCCAGGUGGUGAACCAUGGAGUGCCUGAGAGAGUGAUGGAGGAGAUCAUGGAGGCGACUCGUGCGUUUCACGAGCUGCCGAGGGAGGUGAAGGCUGAGUACUACGGUAGAGAACUGGUGAGGAAGGUCAAGUACUUCACUAGCAAUAACAUGUAUGAGUUGAUGUAUGGUGAUUGGAGAGACAGUAUGCAGAUUAAUAGGAGUGUUGAGGACUUUGAUCCUCAAGAAAUUCCUCCCGUUCUCAGAGAUAUAACUAUAAGGUACUCGGAGCAUGCUCAGAAAUUAGGUGUCACUUUGUUUGAAUUGCUAUCUGAAGCGCUUGGGCUCAAAUCGGAUCAUCUCAUAAACUUGGAUUGUGCAAAGGGGCAUAUGAUUCUUAAUCACUAUUAUCCUCCAUGCCCCGAGCCUGAACUGACUAUGGGCAUCAACCCACACUCGGAUCCCGAUUUUCUCACCAUUCUGCUUCAAGACCAAAUUGGUGGACUCCAAGUUCUGCAUCAAAACCAGUGGAUUAAUGUUACUCCUGUGCCUGGAGCUCUGAUCAUCAACAUUGGAGAUCUCUUGCAGCUAAUCUCAAAUGGCAAGUUCAUUAGUGCCAGACACAGAGUAGUGGCCAAAAAGGAAGGUCCAAGAAUUUCUGUGGCGUAUUUUUUUGUGCAUCUUUCUCAUGAAAAUAUUCCAAAAGUGUAUGAGCCAAUCAAGGAGUUGACACCAGACGGAAAUCCCCCAAUUUACAGGGGAACAACUGUGAAAGAUUAUUUUAGCGGCAACUACAAGAAAGGGAACACAACUGGGGGAGUCUCUGGACUUGAGUAUUUAAAACUGUGAAGUUUGGCCAUGAAAAUGUAUGGUCUAUUGGUUAAUGCAAUAAUGGAUCAGUCUCAUGUAUGUUUAUGAGUUUAUCACUGAUCCUCCAAUUCCUCUAGAUCGAAAAUAAAUUUCGGAUACUGCUAAUUCCUCUAUGGAUCUAAAUUUUAAUUCAGUAAGUC